GCUCUUUAUCGAGAAGAUGUGCUAAAAAAUUAGAAGAAGUACUUUUAAGAAACCAAUUUUCACAGCUUUUUAAAGCAUUUCUUUGAUUUUACGAAGAAACUUAAAGAUGUCUUUGUUAAGAGCAACUAGUGGUCUUUCUAAAUUGACGUCAGCGACAAAAAUGGUUUGAAAAAGAUUCUUCCAUGUCUCUCCAAAGGAAUUCAUAAUACUUCAACUUUGGGUUUCUCUAAUUCAGAAUUUUCAAAAGAGUAUCCUGUAAUUGAUCACUCUUAUGAUUGUGUUGUGGUUGGGGCUGGUGGUGCUGGUCUUCGAGCAGCCUUUGGUUUAGCCAAUAGUGGUUUCAAGACUGCUUGUAUCACCAAACUAUUUCCAACAAGAUCACAUACUGUUGCUGCACAGGGUGGUGUGAAUGCUGCAUUAGGAAAUAUGGAACCAGAUGACUGGAAAUGGCACAUGUAUGACACGGUGAAAGGCAGUGAUUGGUUAGGAGAUCAAGAUGCAAUACAUUAUAUGACACGAGAAGCACCAGAGGCAGUAAUUGAGCUUGAAAACUAUGGUAUGCCAUUCAGUCGUACUGAGGAUGGCAAAAUCUACCAACGAGCAUUUGGUGGUCAGAGUUAUAAUUAUGGUAAAGGUGGUCAAGCUCAUCGAUGUUGCUGUGUUGCAGACAGAACUGGACAUUCAUUAUUACAUACAUUGUAUGGUCAGUCUCUUCGAUAUGAUACUGACUAUUUUGUGGAGUAUUUUGCAUUGGAUCUACUUAUGGAUGAUGGACAAUGUGCUGGUGUGAUAGCACUAUGUUUAGAAGAUGGAUCCUUACAUCGCUUUAAUUCAAAGAAUACUGUUAUUGCUACUGGUGGUUAUGGUCGUGCUUACUUUUCAUGUACAUCAGCUCAUACAUGUACUGGUGAUGGUACAGCCAUGGUAACUAGAGCUGGUUUACCCAAUCAAGACAUGGAAUUCGUACAAUUUCAUCCUACUGGCAUUUAUGGUGCAGGAUGUUUGAUAACAGAGGGUUCUAGAGGUGAAGGUGGUUAUCUUGUGAACAGUGAGGGAGAGAGAUUUAUGGAGCGUUAUGCACCAACAGCAAAAGAUCUUGCAUCGCGUGAUGUUGUUUCACGUUCAAUGACUUUGGAAAUCAGAGAAGGAAGAGGUGUUGGUUCUGAAAAAGAUCACGUAUUUUUACAACUUUCUCAUCUUCCUUCGGAGCUUCUUGCUGAGCGUUUACCUGGAAUUUCUGAAACAGCAAUGAUCUUUGCUGGUGUAGACGUUACACGUGAACCAAUACCAGUUUUACCUACUGUUCAUUACAAUAUGGGUGGUAUUCCUACCAACUAUAAAGGACAGGUACUUAAUGUUGUAAAUGGUGAAGAUGUCGUCGUCGAAGGACUAUGGGCGGCAGGUGAAGCUGCGUGCGCAUCUGUACACGGUGCCAACAGACUUGGGGCAAAUUCUUUAUUGGAUUUGGGUUUUGGUCGAGCAUGUGCUAACUUUAUAUGUGAAGAAAACAAACCUGGGGACAAACUUCCUCUAUUGAGUAAGGAUGCUGGUGAAGAGAGUGUUGCGGCCUUGGAUGAAUUACGUCAUGCUGAUGGUUCUAUUCCCGUCGCUGAAUUGAGAUUAGAGAUGCAGAAAGUAAUGCAGAAUAAUGCAGCUGUAUUCAGGACCGGCUCCGUACUAAAGGAAGGAUGCGAGAAACUGGACGCUAUAUAUAGCAAAAUGAAUGAUUUGAAAUUAUACGAUCGUGGAAUGGUGUGGAAUACUGAUCUCAUAGAAGCCCUGGAGUUAAAGAAUUUGUUAUUGAAUGCUGCUCAGACUGUUUAUUCUGCUGAAGCAAGGAAGGAGAGUCGCGGUGCGCAUGCCCGCGAAGACUUUCAGGAUCGUAUUGAUGAAUAUGAUUACAAGUUACCACUUCAAGGACAAUCUCCUAAACCUCUUGAUGAACAUUGGCGCAAACAUUCUUUAUCUUUUCAAGAUCACAAGACUGGAAAAGUCACAUUGUCAUAUCGCGCCGUCAUUGAUGAUACUUUAAGUGACGCUGAAUGUCCUACAGUACCACCUGCGGUUCGUGUUUACUAAGAAAUUGGAUAAUUAGAAGAAUACGAUGCUGGUUUGGCUAAGUUACGAUUUGAUGAAAAUAAAUGUCGAUGUUGUAUCUCUAGAACUUGCAUAAUGAUUUAGCUUAACGCACUUAAAGUUUUGUCAUAUGAUAUUUAUAAUGUUGUAUAUUUUACUCUACGAAUAGAGAUAAUGGGUUUAAUUUAAAGUUUAAGGAAUAACAAUUUUUUCUUGUGUAAAA